CCAAGCCCCCGCCGCCCCGCCCGCUUUGGGCCUGUUUGCCCCGGCCUCGCACCAAUCCAGCCCGCCCGCCACGGCCAAGUCUGCGCCAGAUGGUUCUCGCUGCGACCUUGGUCACGACGAUCAUACAGGAACUUGUUACUUGACACCGUUGUCCAAGUCCUUUUUCCACCCUCACCCGGCCCUUGGGACCACGCAGGGGCUCCAUCUUGCUCCAGCACUGACCCAAUGACGAUGCCUCUGGUAGAAUGCCAUGCCCGACUCCCCUACUCUGCUGCACUGCUCCCCUGUCUCUUGUAUUCGUGAUUCAGGUCUGGAGUGCUGCGUUGUUGAAGCUGGGCGCACAUCCAUCUGCACCUAUUCAUCCUGCCUCUUCUGCACUGGUUGCCACUUUACCCAGUCUCGACGAUGAAGCGUUAGGUUGAUUCACCCUUCUCUCUCUCUCUUCUCUUUUUUUCCUUUUCUCUUUUGGAAGCGGGCCUUCUUCACCUUUUCGACCCUUGCCUUUGCAUUCAUACUAUUUGCAAUUAUAGAUGCGGGGCGGUGCUCUGCUUUCCGCCCUCUUCUUCUUCUCUUCUUGCGCGGUUUGAUUCCCGUUUUUUCUUUUCUUCUUUGCUUUUCGAUUCUUGCGCUCGAGGGUGCUGGCAUCCCAUCCAGCCCUCUUUUAUCUUCCUGUUCGUUAAAUCGUAAUGGAGCCCAGUACGGGCAACCGCAUGGUGAAUACCGUCGUUUUGGUUUUUACGCUCUUUGCUGGUUUGGUGGUUGCUUUGCGCCUCUUUACUCGUGGCCUCAUUCUGAGGAAAGCGGGUCUCGAAGAUGUCUUCAUCACCCUAGCCAUGGUCUUUGCCAUUGGGCUUGCUGUCACUGUUGCGGUCCAGAUAAUGAACGGCAUGGGUCUCCAUGUUUGGGAAAUCACCCCGGAAGCGCUCCUCAUAUCGCAAAAGGCAUUCUGGGGAAGCGUCUGGAUCUACAACCUUGCCUUGACCCUGACAAAGCUAUCCAUCCUGGUCCAGUAUCUUCAAAUCUUCCCUAAUCCACGCUUUCGACUCAACUGUCAUAUCGCCAUUGGUAUCGUCGCGCUGUGGGGUACCUGGACGCUCUUUGGAAACAUGUUCAUUUGUACUCCGGUUGCUUUCUUUUGGGAUAAGACCAUUCCCGGUGGAUUUUGUCUGAACCAGGCUGCCGUGUGGUUUACCAAUGGCAGUGUCAACAUCGUCCAGGACUUCAUCAUCCUAGCAAUGCCGAUUGUAAUGCUUCGCAGCCUCGAUAUCCCCACCAAGCAGAAGAAAGCUCUGAUCAUUGUUUUCGCUUUUGGGCUCAUCGUAUGCAUCAUAUCCAUCGUCCGUCUCCAAACCCUUGUUGCCAUCUCCAAUUCGGACGAUCCCACCUACGAUAACCUCGCCGCCGCCAUGCUCUCGGCUAUCGAAGUCAAUGUCGGUAUCGUCUGCGCCUGUCUGCCAUCCAUGCGUCCUUUGUUCUCUGCCAUUAUGCCGGCCUACUUCCCCAACCCGACAACCAACGGACGCCGAACUUACGACGAAGAGCGGACGAAGCACUUCCGAACGCGCUCCGAAACUACAUUGGCGCAACCCCCUCGAGCAGCCAGCAAAGGAGGCCAUUCUCGCUCGGGCAGCAACAGCAGCCAAUUCCGCACCCCCCCUAUGAGCGCAAAAUCGUUCCACUCCAGCUCCCCAGGCUCCAGCCGACCGUAUACCCCUCAAAGCGCCAAGUACACCCACUCACGCAGCGGCAGUGCUCACAGCUCGCGCGCACAGUCUCCACGCCCCACGCAACUGCGGAGUCCGCCUCUCGAUCCCAGAAACUACAUCGAGCGCUCCUACCACGCCCGCACCAUCUCGGAACCGGUAUCGAUAAGAGGCCCGCACCAUUUGAACAGCAAUGUCGCCAGCAACAACACAAGUCGUUCUCACUCUCGCAAUGGAAGCCAGCCCACGCUCGACAUGUAUAAUCAACAUUCCCACCACCACCACCACCCAUGGACAGCGGGAAGCGGCGCCGCAAGCCCCAUCAGUCAGACCUCCACUGCAUCGGUGCACCACCAACACAUGCUCCACCCUCUCCGUCUACAGCCUGCUAUGCCUGGUAUCCCGAAACUUCCCCGAUUGCCGGAAGAUAUGGCUGCAUUCGAUGAUCCGUUUAAGGGAGGUGUGAGGAGUCCAGUGGGAGGGUCAUCGCAACAGCCGUCCCCGAGGAGGAUUGUGUUCCAUAAGCCGUUGCCUAUUACGCCGUAUCCUAUCCUUAUCUCUUGA